AUUUUUAUUUAUGCAUUUGCACGUGUAGGUUUAUCGGGUUUGUGUGCUGAGUGCUGAUUAAAGUCAGUCCCCAUUCGAUUUGCAGAGAUUCAGCUGAUUUCAAGUAAUGUAGCUUGCAGAAGCUACUCGACGUAGAUAUAAAUACAGUUUAUUUGGAUAUUAAUUACAAAGUGGCAGCAGAGAAUGUAAAAGUUAAAUGAAAUAAGGAGUGACAUGUCAGGAACAAGUUAUUAAGAGCUGUAGAGAUUAUGUUGAUGUGUACAGCCAAAUCGUGAAUACCGUACACGGCUAACACUACCGAGUGACACGACGGCGGAGGCAUUUGGAGGAGAUACGUAGCUGGAUUAGGGCAUUUGCACUGACUGUGCUUCACUUGCCAGCUAUAGUGGACAGCAUGGUAUCAUUGGGGCUUUCAGAUUCUUUACAGAAACCAUGGGAAACAGUAUUCACCAAGGUGAAGAGAGCCGUUGUUUUCAUGGAUGCGCCAUCUGCAGAAAGCUUGCACUGGUAUGGAGGAGCACUGAAGAUGUUUGAGGCAGGUGCCCUCAACAUCAAGGAAUUCUCUAGCUUUGAAGCAGGCAGUGCCAACCAGAAAAAAGCAGUGUUUAUUGUCAGCACUUUAAUUAAGGGAAGGACAGCAGAUACCAUUAAGGACAUCAUUGGCCUUAGCUCAUUUCAGUAUACUGUUGUAAUUACUGCCGUCAGCCACUCUGUUCAUCUCCUAGCUAAUAAUGUAUCUGUUGAAAUCGCUGGCCGUCCUGUGUUUGACCAGUUUGAGGAGAAGCUGUGUGAGUGGAUGGGGAAUAUGAAUUUUACCACUGAAGUAAUGCACGUCCCAUUACUCCUUGCCCCACUGGCUCCUCACCUCUUCCUUACACCAUCAUUUACUAUGUUGUUUCCUUUGGUCCCGCAAGACCUAAAGCAAAUUAAUAGUGCCAGAUCUGAGAAGAAGAGGUUCACUAGCUUACAUGACCUUGAUCUCCACUCACUGCCACCUACCCUACAGAUUAAGAUUAUGUGCUUAGUAUCCAGUCUGAACUGCUUGUUUGAAGGGCUCAGCAUUAGAGAGGAAUGUUUUGCAGUGGGUGCCACAAGUAGACUAAUCGCAGGUGAACUUGCAAACUACCCCCAGGCAAAAAACAGAAGAAAAUCAGCCCAGAACAGAGCAUCAGUUGUGUUUAUUGAUAGAGUACUUGAUCUUACAGGAGCUGUUGCACACCAUGGUGACAACCUGUUGGAGAAGAUACUUUCAACACUUCCAUUGUUGCCAGGGCACACUGCUGAUGUGAAAGUCAGUAUGGUAGAACUUUCAGCUGUUCAGAUGACAGAUGAAGCCCAGAACAUUAUUGCUCCAGGCUGUUUAGCCAAACCAAAUGACCCAUCUGCCAGAGUCUUAUGGGAAGCUAUACUUGGCAUGAAACAGAAAGAGGCUAUAAUGGAGAUUCGUAGGCAUCUAGUAGAAGCAGCAAGCAAAGAAAAUUUGCCCAUCAAAAUGAACUUGGGUCGUGUCUCCCCUGAACAACUUGUGUCUUUCAUUCAUCUUUUUAAGAACAACUUCAAAGCCCUUGAGAGUCACUGUGGUCUUCUUCAGUUAGUCCUGGCAACAGUGCAAACAAUGAAGCACCCUUGUUUCUCAAGGUGGGAUGAUUUUCUAGCUUUUGAAAGACUAGUCCUGCAGAUUCUUGGAGAAUCUGAGCUACCAAGAGUUCUAAGGCAGCUUUUGCCAUUGGUAAAAUUACACAGUGUAAGAAAGGAAGAAGACUACAGUCUUGAUGAUCUUCUUAUCUUGUUGGUUUAUAUCUACUCAAUAUCUGGAGAGAUUAGAAUGGGGGAUGAACUAGGUGACACAGAGGAAGAAUUGAAAAAGGCCUUAGUUCAUGCUUUCUGUGCUGAGCCAGAGCUUUCCCCAUUGUUGCAGAAGAUAACUGGUUGUGAGAGCUCCUCUGACGUGACCCUUCGAAAAGCUACAUCUGUGGUGGACACAAUUUUUGCUUCUUUGAGAGAUCUUACAAAGGUACGUGCACACAUGAAACAAUUCAGGUCUGUAUACAACCCUGGCAACGAUGUUCACCAGGCAUCCUACAACCCAUUAUUGAAGCAGAUUGGAGAAGAGAUACUCCAUGUGGAUCGACAUGAUCCCCUCGACAUUGAGCAUAUGUCUGCAGGCCUCUCAGAUCGUCUGAAAACUGGUUUUGGUAUGUUUAUGAAGGUGAAUCGACCCCACCCUAGUGACCACCCCCUACUGAUUAUUUUCUUGGUAGGUGGCAUAACAGCUUAUGAGAUGCGCAUGUUGAAGGAGUUGGUUUCAGCACAGAAGACUGCAGUACAGGUCAUCGUACUGACAACAAAACUGCUUAAGCCCAUAGACAUUCCAGAAUUACUGUUUGCUUUGGAUCGUCUCCAUCCAGACAUUGGUGUUUGAGAAAUCAUAUUUUCCAAAGGUGGUCCGCCAAAGCUGAAAAGAGCAGACCAUUCACUUUCUUAAAUCUGUUAAAAUUAAUUGAGAUCAUUUGGAAAUAAAAUAUUUAAAAGCA